AUCCAAUCACAGAGGGGUGUCACUGACUGCACAGGUGAACUGAAUCAGGCCUUCACAGUAUAAGAGCUGCCUGCUCAAACAAACUCUUCAGUCAAGCCUAUCAAGCUGAUAUUUUACUAUUGCUGGCCUGCACAUCAUCUAACAGAGACCUGCUAUCAUGUCUGGCCGUGGAAAGAAGGUGGGUGCUGCUGCUUCCAAGCGCAAGGCCACAGUGUCCAGGUCGACCAGGGCAGGCCUCCAGUUUCCCGUGGGCCGUGUUGCUUGCCUGCUGAAAAAGGGGAACUACGCACCGAGGGUGGGAACUGGGGCUGCAGUCUACCUCGCUUCAGUGCUGGAGUACCUGAGCGCUGAGGUGCUGGAGUUGGCAGGCAAUGCCAGCAGAGACAACAAGAAGCACCGCAUUGCUCCACGACACAUACAGCUGGCUGUGAGGAACGACGAGGAGCUGAACGCGCUGCUGGGUAGCGUCACCAUCUCUGAGGGAGGUGUGCUGCCCAACAUCCAGGCCCAGCUGCUGCCCAAGAAAACAAAGGCUUCCAGAGAUGCUGCUGACAGCAGUAAAGAGGUCCAGUCUCAGGAGUUUUAGACCUUGAAUAUAUAUGUAUCUUUAUUGCCACUUGUUUUAAAUUUAUUUUUUUAUUGAAUAAAGGUUUUUUAAAAAGGAA